AUGAACUUGCUCACUUUAUUCUUUACAGCGUCUGCUGUAGCACUUAUUCUCCGUCGCUUCUAUAUGAGCGCACGGCGCAGACAGCACAACGACCUAUGGAAUAAGAUAGAUAUCGUAGGCGUCCCACAGGGCGGUGGUAUCCUAUCAUGGGCCUUUGCCAUUGCAAAGUCAGUCACCUCGAUGCAGGAAGCCAUGCGCGAUGGUUACAAAAGGUUUUCAAAGUUUGAUAAACCCUUUGGCCUUCCGACCAUGUGGAUGGGAGGGGCUCUUGUUGUCCUGCCGCCAUCCAUGUUGCACCUCCUCAACAGGCCUCGUGAUGAGUUGUCUAGUUUCGACGCCUUGCUGGAGAAUGCUCAGUUUCAAUACUUGAUGACGGAUAAGGAUGUUUGGGGCAACACUAUUCACUUUGACAUUGUUCGCAAGAACCUCACCCAGAAGGACAUGGGUCCCCUAGCCGGCAUCAUGGCCGAGGAAUGGGCCACAGCUUUCCAGAAAUGUUGGGGAGAUUCGAGAAACGGAACCGUUGUUAAUGCCUGGGACUCGAUGGUACGAAUUAUUUCGCACGCCGCAUUGCGAAUCAUGGUCGGGUUGCCUGGAAGCAAGGACGAAACGUACUUGGAGCAGUCGAGGCUGUAUGCCAAUGCCGUUCUGGUAGACGCUUGCUUCAUCAACUGUCUGCCUCCGGCGUUGCGGCCAAUAUUAGGAAGAGUACUAGCCCUGCGAGCUAGAUAUCACCAGCGAAAGUUGCUCAAGAUGUUGCUACCCAUGGUGGAGGAAAAGAUGCAGCAGUUCGAGGACCGAGGCGGUGAUGAAGCCAACAGUCCAGGCAAUGUUAUUCAGUGGCUUAUUGCCGUUGCUAAGAGCCAUGGACCCGAACAAAUGACAGCGAACAAGAUAGCCAUGCGCAUCCUCGCCCUAACAUCCAUGUUCGUAUUCGCCAUCGGCUGGGUCUUUGCGCACGCAGUGAUAGACAUAUACAGCAGCGACGAGCGUGACGAAAUCGUCAGCACGUGCAGGGACGAGUGUCGACGCGUGUCGUCCGAAUACCAAGGUCUGUCGACAAAAGAGGCCACCGACGCUCUCUACUGUGUCGACUCUGCUGUGCGUGAAUCUAUGCGCCUCAACGACGUAAUGGUGCAUCUGCUCCCACUAGACGUCAUAUCAGGAAAGGGAAUUGAUCUCGGUCAAGGCCGCCGAAUAACUGCUCGGUCAGGCGUGCGGACUGUGUUUCCCGCGCAAAUGGUGCACAUGGAUCCCGAGAUAUAUCAUCAUCCUGAGCAUUUCGAUGCGUUUCGCUUCUCACGCGAGUUUCCUGCUCCGCAGCAUACUGAUCGUCAGAACGGAACCAAGAGGCAGCUCAUGACCACCGUUAGCACAUCGUUUCUUCCUUUUGGCUAUGGUAGGCAUGCGUGUCCGGGGCGCUGGUUCGUAGCCCAGAUGGUGAAGCAGGCCGUGGCUUAUGUGCUUCUCAACUACGACGUUGAGGUCGUCAAGAAACCAGGAAAGCGGACUUCGAUGCUAAACUUUAUGCUUCCCCCGCAGAAAGUUGCGCUGCAUGUUAGUAGAAAGGGCGUAGACGUACAAUGA